AUGGCUGCCAACAUCAUCGGGAAGAAGCUGGACCUCACGAGGCUGACAGACGAGGAGGCCAAGCAUGUGUGGGAAGUCAUCCUGAGGGACUUUGACUUGAGAAAGAAGGAGGAGGAGAGGCUAGGGGAGCUCAAGACCAAAAUUGAGAAGGAGGGCACCAAGCGGGAGCUGCUGGGCUCACAGUCCAGCCUGACCGAGUCCCACUGCAUCCGCUGCCUGCAGCCCUUCAAGUUCCUGCUGAACAGCAAGCGCCAGUGCCUGGACUGCCAGCUGUACACCUGUAAGGCCUGCAGCCGCUACAACAAGAAGGAGCGCGGCUGGGUGUGCGACCCCUGCCGCAUGUCCCGGGUGCUGAAAAUCGGAACCUUGGAAUGGUACCACCAGAAUGUGCGUGCUCGCUUCAAGCGUUUCGGCAGUGCUAAGGUCAUGCGGUCGCUCCAGAAACGCCUGAACGGGGAGCGCCCCCGUGAUGAUGAUACCCACAGCAUGCCUGAUGUCCGCAGUGUUUUUGACGGCCACGAUGAGGACCAGAUUGAUCCGUCUGAUGGGCAGAGAUACAGGCUGAUGCGAAAGACCAAACGUCUGCUUUCGGUUCACCCCCUUGAUUUCGAUCUGGACAAUGAGUACUCCACUCAUUCCCGCCGCCAGUCCUUCCAGAUCCUGGAGGAACAGGCGGGGCAGGGGAGAGACCCUGAGUUCAACACCGAGGUGCACCUGCGAAUUCACCGCCGCAAGAGCCUGGACAAGUCCAUACGCUCCGACGAAGGGCAGUACAACGAUUACAGAAUGAUGCGCGCGCGUUCCCUGUCCAAGAUCGCUGCCCCCAACGGCCCCCAGCGCCACCACUACCAGGACAUGGACACUUCAGAGGAGGAGGAGGGCCAGCGCUACCCGCUGUACCAGCUGCCCCCCCGCCGCCGCAGCCGGGCGUCCUCCCAGGAGAAUGUCCAUCAGGCCCCGCCCCAGAUCACUGAGCUCAACAAGCGCAUGUCCGCCAUCGAAAGUCUGCUCAACCGCCUGGAACAGAAAAUGACCACUCCGCCCGAGCAGCCUGUCCUUUCUGAGGCGGAGAUCGAGGAGAAGAAGCUGCGGAGGAAGCUGGAUGAGUUGACCGGAAACAUUAGUGAUAAGGGCCUGUCCUCAGAGGAGGAUGAGGUGAAGAAGCCCCCGACUCCCAGAGAGCCCCAGGGAAGAGGCGGGGGGCGGGGCCAGAGCACCCCCAUGAGCUCAUCACUCCAUGCAAUGACUCUAAGCUCCUCCAGCGAUGAACUCCCCACUGCCAGCCCUGCCAGCCGCAAGGUCUACCCGACAGCAAGUAAGCCCUUCCACCUGGACAAGAAGCCCAAGGUGCUGGGGGACGCCAAGAGUCGCUACAGCAACACCACUGACUCCGAGCUGUCAGAGCUGGAGGACAAGGUGGCGAUGGCGGCCGCAAAGGUCCAGAACACGGAGAGCGAGGUGUCAGACAUAGAGAACAGGAUCGCGGCUCUGAGCGCUGCUGGCAUGGCUGUGGAGAAGACCAAGAGGAGAGGCUCCAGCGCACACCAAAGAAGAAAGGCAUCCCAGGACUAUCCCAUGAGCCAGGCCGAUCUGUUUGUGCGAAACUCCCUCUACCGAGGGUCUCUGACCCAGAGGAACCCGGUGGUCAAACCCACGUGCAAACCAUCCUACGCGAUAGCCAUCUCUGCCUGA